CGUUUGUUCAUCUCCUCAUUCUCGACACUCCCAAUUGACACUGAACACUAAGAUUCAGUGAGAGAAUUUGAUAAAAAAAAUGUCCGCACCACGUCUCAUCACCCGUUUCCUCCGCCCUUCGACGGCAACGACCAACCUCCCCUUCACACGCACCUUCACCACCACAACCUUCCGCAACAGCGACCAUGAAAACGACAAAAGGCUACGCCCCGACACAUCGCUCGCCCCCGAGCAUCGCAGAAACCAAACCUCUAAGCCCCCUAAUCAAGCUAUUCCCAACACCACCUCCACCAUGACUGGCGACUACCCGAAGGUCGGCGCGAAGAGCGCACCCCCGGAGAUGCUGAGCUCGGUCGAUCCGAACUACAGACCUGCGGAUCCGUAUCCGGGACGGGUUGAGCAUUUCACGGGUGGACGCCAGGAGUCUGGGGCGCAGAAGCCGGAAUUGGGGGUUGGAGAGAUGGAAGGGAUUACGUUCAAGGUUGAGCCGUUAAAGAGGAAGGGCGAGGAUUCGGCGACGAGGAGGGCUAGGUUGUUGUAUCAGAGCCGCAAACGUGGAAUUCUUGAAUCCGACCUCUUGCUUUCUACUUUUGCUGACGUCUAUCUCCCCGAGAUGACAGCCCAGCAACUUGAGGAGUACGAUCGCUUCCUCGAUGAAAAUGAUUGGGAUAUCUAUUACUGGGCCACACAGGACCCACCUGCCGAGUCUGCAGCCACUGAUGGCCAACUCGCGGAACAGCAGACGCAUACCCAAGACACCGUGACGGAGACCUGGAAGCGUACGGGAGCCAAGAGCGGCGAGUGGGCGCAGACACAUGGCGCCUUCAGGGCUGCGUAUCGGCCUGUUCCGUCGCGAUGGGCCGAGUCGGAGGUCUUGCGAUUGCUCAGGCAGCAUGUGAGAGAUAAGAGUGCAAAAGGGUUUGAGUCUGCGAAGAACAAGAAGACUGCUGGUGGAGGUUUGGGAAGGAUGCCGAAUAUCAAGGUGUUUUCUUGAUCUACGAGUCUUUGCCAGAGAUGCUCUUAAGAGGUAAUCGGUACAUUGGGAGCGCUUGUAAGACUGACAUUCGAUACUAUUUAUGUAUGAUUGUAUAGUAGUUCUCCGUCAUUAAAUAUUAUUGUAUUAUUUAUCGUUCAGCA